UUGGCCCUGUCUGAAUGAAAUUGAGGCUAGCUGCUUAAUUUGCAAAUGUGCCUAAGAGUCAAAGAGCUCCAUAACACAUGGACACAACUCUUUUCACUACUCCACAAGAAGCACCCACCUUCUUCCACUGCAACCAGCAGAGCAGUGAUCAUGCAGCAGCGAUGGACAUGCAAAUCAACAACAACAACAACAACAAUCAGAGCCACACAUCGACAAGCCGAUCAUCAGACUCCACUGAUCAUCAGCUGCCUAGUCAUGCAUCAGGCAAAUGGGCCUCAAGGCUUCUAAACGAGUGUGCGAGAGCAAUAUCCGACAAGGACUCCACCAAAAUCCAUCACCUUCUAUGGAUGUUAAACGAGCUUGCUUCACCUUAUGGAGAUUGUGAUCAGAAAUUAGCUUCUUAUUUCUUGCAAGCUCUAUUUUGUAAGGCCACCGACUCCGGCCAACGCUGCCACAAAACCCUUUCUUCAGUGGCUGAAAAGAGCAACUCUUUCGAUUCUGCAAGGAAGUUGAUACUAAAGUUCCAGGAUGUAAGCCCUUGGAUGAAUUUUGGUCAUGUUGCUUCCAAUGGCGCCAUUUUGGAGGCCUUAGAGGGGGAUACAAAGCUUCACAUAAUUGAUAUAAGCAACAACCUUUGCACCCAAUGGCCUACUUUGCUUGAAGCUUUGGCAACAAGAAAUGAUGAGACUCCUCAUCUAAAGCUAACUGUUGUGGUGAUAGCUAGCACAGUGAGUUCAGUCAUGAAGGAAGUAGGCCAGAGAAUGGAGAAGUUUGCAAGGCUAAUGGGAGUACCCUUUGAAUUUAAUGUAAUAAGUGGGUUGAAUCAUUUGGGAGAGCUCACAAAGGAGAGACUAGGUGUUCAAGAGGAUGAAGCCAUUGCUGUGAAUUGUAUAGGCGCCUUAAGAAGAGUGGAAGUGGAGGAAAGGGCGGCUGUGAUCCGGAUUUUCCAAUCCCUUAGGCCUAGAGUUGUGACAGUUGUUGAGGAAGAAGCUGACUUUUCCUCCUCCAAAGAUGACUUUGUCAAGUGCUUUGAAGAGUGCCUUAGAUUCUACACAUUGUACUUUGAGAUGCUGGAGGAGAGCUUUCCCCCAACAAGCAAUGACAGAUUAAUGCUGGAGAGGGAGUGCUCGAGAAGCAUAGUUAGGGUUUUGGCUUGUGAUGAUCAUGAAAACAGUGAUCAAGGAGAGUGUGAGAGAAGGGAGAGAGGAAGGCAAUGGUGUGACAGGCUCAAGGAGGCUUUUUCUCCAUCUGGGUUUAGUGAUGAUGUUGUGGAUGAUGUGAAGGCAUUGCUGAAAAGGUACAGAGCAGGGUGGGCGCUUGUGCCACCACAAGGAGGAGAUGAUCAUGAAUCCUCAGGAAUUUACUUGACAUGGAAGGAAGUUCCUGUGGUUUGGGCUUCAGCAUGGAAACCCUCUCAAGUACUAGUUUAGCAUGGAUGGAUGGCCUUUGUCCUUGUAUUUCUUUCUUCUCAUUCGAUCAUGCAAACUUGAUUGUAUUUUUAUAUUGUGUCCAAUUACUACUUUCUUCUGCUUUAUGCUUUGGAGUUUGUGUUGCUUCUUUUCUUUUUAUAUCCUUGUUCUUGUUUGAAGGUGCUUGCACUUGUGCCUCACUUUAUAAAUUCCAUGGCAUCGUAUUUCCCCUUU